AUGAAAGAAGUCUCUUGUAAAAAUAUCAGAAAAGGAAUAGGCAAGAAUGGGAAAAAAAUUCGUCGAGUUCCAAAUCGACAGUUUCGAGAAGUGUUCAAGAGCCUGAUGAUUUCGAAGAGGCAACCGACAAUUUCAGCAGAUAAAGCAUAUGCAAUGAAGAUGAAAAAAGUAGGAGGAAAACAUGAAAAUUUUGUGAAAACGGACUUACUUGGAGAUAUUAUGGAUAAUAAAGCACACAAAGUGGGGAUGCCAAUCCGUUACUCAUCAACAAUCUACGCCCCACCUGAUCCUCUUAUUUUGAAAAAACCUCAUUAUUUGUACAAGACUUAUAACUUCUUGGAUGACCUCACCAAAUACGAUAUCUAUCGUCGAGCCGCCCACUAUUCGAACAUGAAGAAUACGUUUCGAAAGAAGAGAGCUUUAGAAGAAUACAAACUAGCUGGAUUAGCAGUAUGUGCAAAUUUUGAAGUUCGUCGAAGAAGAGAAAAGAUACGUUUACGUGGCAGAUGGCGACCGGAAUACUCGAAUUACGGAAAAAGAAUGUUAGGUGCAGCAAGGAAAAUGGUAUUCAAGUUACAGAAGAACUCUCAACCAUACUUUGCUCAACUGAUUGUUUCGAAGAAAGAUCAGGCAAGGACCAUGAUGAAUACAAUGAUGUCAACCAUCAAAUUCAAUCUGCAAAAUCAUCAAAAAGAAACAAGAGCACGCAUUGAGAGAUUCAAGAAACACAAUCAAGACUACAUAAAAGAUCGAAAAAAGUGUUUUCAGAAUCCAAUUAUGUUGAAUUCUCAAAUCGUGAAUCGUCAUCACAAAAUGCCAUAUCGGAGACGUGGAAAUCAAGAUCUCUUCAGCGAAUUCAACUAUUUCUCUUCUCAUCUCGCAUUUUCUGCUCAUUUUUGCAAAGUUAUCAGAUCUUUCAGAGUGGAUCGAGCGAAAGAGGAUGAGGUUAUCCAGAAGUCAGUCUGCUUGACUCCUCUGAUUCGUAUUCGUAAGAGUCGAUACACAAACUUCCCCGUGACUUCAGUUGUCAGUUACAACGAAAACGAAGAGCUACAAUUGACACUUCCACGUGUUUCGAAAAAAGCGCCAUCAAUAGUUGCUGUCAGUGGAUAUUCAAGUGACAGUGGUGCAUCUGCAGCAACUGAUACUCCGUUGGAUUGGGAACUCGAUUGGAAAUAUACAGACAAGAAAUUGGAACAUCGAAUGGCUCUUAUUGGGGAUACGACAAGAUACAUCUCGCAAACAGCAUCAGAGAAACAUUACAAUCAAAGAAGAUGGAAAGAAGAGACGAGGAGAAAAAUGUUAUUAUUCAAAGCCGAUAAUAGAUUAGAGCUUUCGAACAAAGUUCCGAUUUUCAAGGAAAUCACAAAAAUGCAUCCUCCAUUCAUUUACUGUAACGUGAAAGGAAUGGAACUGAAGAAACUUCGAAAAAGCAAGUUUCUGGGUUGUCAGGAUUCAGAAAAAUACGAAUCGAUUGUGUAUGUAAUCAAACAAAGAAUGCACUUCUUGGAGAAGACACUGCCAUGUAAAGAUGAUCCAAGAAUCUUACUGAAUCAAGGUUGGAAGAAUUUUGGGAUAAGACAGGGCACUAGCAAGUUUGAGAAAGUGGCAAAAAUCCUCAAGCAGAGAAGUACUUGGGUAACGAAAAGUUGUGUGUCCAGAGCAGCUACAGUUCCGAGAUGUGAUAAGCUUCCAAUGGUUGAUGAAGAAUUAGUGGAAAAUAAAUAA